UGAAUGAAAAUCUAUACAAUAACUUCUCCCUUAUACAUGAUGGAUGCAAAAAUCGUGAAUUUUUCGAAUUUUAAUGAAAAUCUUGCAAAUUUUCUCUCAACUAAAUGGCAAGAAGCAGAGUCUAAAGAAAAUAUUUUUAAAUACAAGUUGAAUGUGACAAAGAGUAAGGUGUUACCUGGAUACUUCAAGUUCUAUGCGGAGCUUAACGAGCAACGGACUCAACUAAGACGAAAACCCCAAAAUAUUUUGUCAUUAGCACCAGAAUUCAAUCCAGAUGCUUUUAAUUUCAGCAAGGUUGAUGCAGAAGAAGUUUUGUUUGUCUUGAAAUAUCGGGACACGUUGGUAUCUUUCCUCAUCAACAAUAGUCCUCUAACACGGAAUCACUGUUUGAUUUGUCCAGAUUUGGAGAAAAAUCAACCACAGAUCCUGACUCAGGGAUGCAUAGAAUUUUCUCUGGAUCUUUUGAGGAAAUUGGGAAAUAGAUUCUAUAGAAUUGGGUACAAUAGUCCAGGAGCCCUAGCGUCUGUCAAUCAUCUUCAUUUGCAUUUAAUGCUGAUUGAGAGGGAACUUUAUGUGGAGUCAGCACCUCUGUGUAAACUUGGGAAGUCUAUUUACACACUAGAGGCUAAAUAUCCCACCUGUGGACUGUGCCUUAUUAUCAGGGACAAAGAUUGUGUACAACAAGUGUCAGGAAAGGUCUUUCAGCUUGUCAAUUUUCUCUGUGAAAGAAGCAUCCCUCACAAUAUCUUCAUCACAAGUGGCUCCUUUGAGGGUACAGCAUGCAAGAGAAUUUUAAUAUUUCCCAGGGACAAUCGAUAUCUAUCGAAAGAUAAGGAAUUGAGUGGCUUCAACAUUGCCUUCUGUGAACUCAGCUCAUACAUUCCCGUCGGAAGUGAGGAAAUUUACAACGCUCUGACUGAAGAUGUUAUCAUUGAGAAAAUACAAGCGGAAAUGGGAAAUGUUUUCUAUGCCAUUAAAGAUGAAAUUGUUGAAAUGUUUCAAUAAAAUAUGUUCAUUAU